AUGAAUAACUUUUUAGCAAAAAUAAUAUUUCUUAUAUAUAUUAUUUGUAUAGCAAAUGUAAGUAUUAUAAAAAUAGCAAUCACAGAUUGCAAAAAGUUGAAAAAAAUUAAUUACAAAAAUUACUAUAAAAAUCAUUACAAAUAUAAUUAUAAUAAUAAAAAAAAUAUAUUCUUAAGAAUAAAAAAUCCUUUCUUUUCGAUUCAAAAAUUAAAAACUAACAGAAAUUUACAUUCCUUCAUAAAUAUAAAAAGCUGGAAAGAAGAUUUAAAACAUUUUUUACAUAAAUAUGGUAUUUAUAAUAAUCAAAAUAUUCACCCUUUAAAAAAUUGCUUAUGGGAAAUAACUAUAUAUAAUUUUUUUUUACAAAAACAAAAAUCUUUUUUCAUAUAUAUUUUUGAAGAUGGAAAUUUAAAGACAUCAGAAAAUUUAUAUGGAAAAUGGAGUUAUAAUAAUUAUUACAUUACUUGGUAUAUUGAAGAGAAAAAUAAAAAGGUUUAUUAUACAGCUGAGCUCUUGUGGAAUUAUGAAAAUAGUAAAAUGGUAAAGGGAAUAAUUUAUGAAGAAAAAAAAAAGACAAGUUCUUUUUUACCUUCAAGUAUAUUUAGAAAAAUUAUAGGAUCUUUUGAAGGAAAAAUAAACAGUUAA